UUCAGCCCUGUCUCGACGGCGGGCUUAAACUUUCCCCGUUCCUCGGUUUUAACGUUGUAGUUGUAAACGUGUUCGAUACUUCAACGGGUUUCUAUCCUGGGGCCUGCAUCGGCCUAUCGCGCCGUUGAUGGUUGAAAAAGCGCAGGAUUCCUCAGCAACAUUCGGUGCAGUGAAAUAAACGCGCUUUUGAAUUUGGAGAGGACUCUGGUUUAAUCUUAGAACGUGCGUGACAGUAAACAGAAAACGUGUUCGAGGUUUAAAAAUAUUUCUGUUGGUCGAAGGACAAUUUAAAAGAAACAUCUCAUUCGCACUGUUUGCUAUUUAUGAAGUUGGGAGGCUGCCCGGCGGCGACGCUCUCGGUGAACGGGACGCGGGUGAUCGCGCGGGAGAGUUACGCCAUCGACUAUAGCACCGUGACGGAGGUGAGGUUCACCGCGGAGCUGGGCCACCCCUCGGGCCUCACCUCCGACGUCCGGCUCUGCAAGAUCAAGUGCGUCAAAGGACAGUGGGUCGGCCCCAUCUGCCAAGAGCAAAACGACUCCCCCGAGAAAUAUCAGCCGCUGCUCCGAAGGUGUCAACUCAGCAAAAUUCACCCGCACCUUCUCAUAACCUUCAAGAAUAAAACUCUGCUGUCCUUCAACGGUUCGUUCGCGCACAAGAGCGUGCUCAACUUGCGAUGCCAAGAUCCUCUUGGUCUGUACAAAUUAUUAGGGGAGUCAAUAAAUGUAUGCGAAGAUGGCGUGUGGAGUCACAAGUUCCCAGCGUGCAUACCCACAACUAGUAUUACGAAUUACACAGAGGAUUCACCCCCGACGAUAUCGGUGAAGGUGCCUUUGGGGUCGGCAUUUGUGGAGAACAACGGAAUCCUGACAGCCUACUCUGGUUCGAUAGUGCACCUUGACUGCCUGUACUUGCGAAGGAUGGGCAAGCCGGAGUGGUCCUGGACCUCAUCUUACAGAAAUUACUUGACAGGGUGGGCUGUUGCAGAAGAGGAAAAGGACUCGAAGUACAGACUCUCCAUACACUACGUUAAGAAUCAAGAUGCUGGUGUUUACACCUGCUCUACACCGCAUGGCCUUACAAAUAGUAUUAUUCUAAGAGUCUCAGAUGUACAGUGUACAGCAUUAGUCUUCCCAGACGCGUAUGUGCGAGCCAGAAUCGAGGGGCAAAAACUGGGGCAGACGGCCACAUUCUAUUGUCCGCUCGGCUUCCGACUCGACGGAUCCCCCAACAUAACCUGUCAAAGCUCAGGCGCAUGGACGGACUCGGUGCCUCGAUGUACGAUCGUGACCUGCCCGGCUCUGACGUCAGACGACCCAUUGUUGACACUGGUCGAGCACAACAACAGCUACGGAGGUCGCGCCAUUUUCAAGUGUCCCGCAGGAUACCUCCUUACCGGACAGCCAGGACUCGAGUGUGAGGUGUCCGGCCAAUGGUCAAGCUCGAAACCCACAUGCAAACUGAUAUCGUGUCCGACCCCUGUGCCGCCUAAGAACGGGCUCAUCGUGGAAGAUGCAACGCCAGGUCGCUACGGAGUUGGCGCCAUCUUGCAAUUCUCUUGUCAACCGGGACAUCGGCUCUUUGGCGAGACCAUGAUCGUCUGCACCGAGGCUGGGACCUGGUCUCACCCGCCUCCAGAGUGCAAAGCUCAAUGCGAAUACCCGGGUGAGCCCCGGAACGGUCGGAUCGUGCCGCUCAAGUUCUGGUAUGACGCCGGGGACCGACUCACUGUGCAGUGCUCCCCGGAGUACGUGUCGCCGAUGGCCAUCUGGCCCGAGUGCCUGCCCAACGGCACCUGGUCCGACCCUGUCCCCCCGUGCAACAGCUACACCCAAAUAUGAAACCCGGCCAAGCCUCAAAACCCAACGGCAGAAACGAAGCGGCGCAAAAUGGAACGGGUCAACGGGAGAAGUCGGACGAAUGCCUCUGAUGCCGAAGUUAUUCAUACAGGGUGAUCUAAAAGUCCCGCACGACGCCGUAUCAGGAAUUACUCCUGUAACUUUUGAGCAGAUGUAGA